GGUACGGCAGUGUAUGAAGGGCGAGGAGCAGUCACCGGAUCACGUGGGACCCUCCAGCGUCAUGUGAUCCCGUUUAGCUCAGAUCGGCAGCAACAUCUGCGGGUUUGAUUCCGAGGCCCCGCCCACCACCUGUUGACGCAAUAAGCACAUUGCGCAUGCUCACAGUCCCGGGGUCCGGAGUGUUGUUUUUUCGUUCUGUGUGGAAGCGGGUCGACAGAGGGAUCGGGAUCGGGAUCGGGAGGGGGUCCUCGCCCCCUUGGACUGGGAGCCGGAGACGGAUUAUUCUCUGCGGGGCAACACCAAAAAUUUCCCUUCGAGCAGCAAAAACUGAUCACAGCUGUCCUCAAAAUGGAUCAAGGUGCGAGCAGUGAAGGAGUUCCAGUGAUGUCAACAUUGGGAAAGGACACGGUAGAACAGUAAAACUGAUCACGCCUGUCCCCAAAAUGGGUCAAGGUUCGAGCAGUGGAGGAGUUCCAGUGAUGUCAACAUCGGGAAAGGACACAGGUCCGAGCUCAGUGAUCACCGAGCUCCUGGCAAGCUGGGACGAUUUCCAGCUCCUGCAGUUGACGAACUUCUACCGGGACAGGCUGGAGCAGGCGAUGGAAGGAGGGGUGCAUGGAGUGAGCCUGGCGUUAACGGCCGAGAAUCAGUUCAGCGGAGAGGAACAUCGGAAAAUCUCUGAUCUCGCUGAUAAGGGAGAGCGGGCGGACAGUUCUAAACUCCUCCUGAGCCUGGUGAUGGAGAAAGGCUCCCGCGCCCGGAGGGUGAUGUGGGAAACCUUUGUGAAAAUGCGGAUUGGUGUCCCAAAGCUGGACAAAAUACUGAAGGAAAUACAGAUAUAUGGUUGUGAUCCUUCCCAUCAAACAAUUCCCGGUCAAAUUUUACUAAAGGUUCCUAGUGCGCAGAAAGAUGUUCAACAGAAACACAAGGAGACUCUGCGGGCACAAACUGAAACACUGAGAGUAAACACGAUCCUGAUGAGGGAGAAAGUGAAGGUUUUCCAGCUGGUUGAUCGAUACGCUGAGCUCACGGUCAUUUCUACUGUUCGAGAUCGGAGACUGGUGGAACAUGAGUUACUGGCAAGAGGCAGAGACCACGAGGAGUGGAGAGAAAAACAUCUCCGCAGAGAGCUGGAGAAAAUCCGAAUGGAUCAGCUGUUCCAGAGCAGCUUUUCGCAAAGUAAAUCCGAAUCUGGGAGUUCGGCAGCAGUGGCCGGCGUCCCGGGGAUCGGGAAAACAACAAUGGUACAAAAGAUUGUUUAUGACUGGGCCAUGGGGAAAAUAUACCAACAAUUCCAGUUUGUCUUCAGUUUCAAAUUCCGGGAUUUAAACUCCAUUAACUGCAGAAUUAACCUGAAGGAACUGAUUCUGGAUCAGUAUCCUUACUUUGGGAAUAUCCUGAGAGAGGUCUGGAAGAACCCAGAGGGAUUGCUGUUUAUAUUCGAUGGUUUGGAUGAAUUCAAUGACAAAAUUGAUUUUUCUGACAGUCAGAGAGACACAAAACCUCAGUCCACAUGCACAGAUCCUGAAUUCAAGUGUAAGGUGUCUGACAUUGUGUACAGUUUAAUCCAGGGCAAGCUGCUCCCAGGGUGUUCAGUGCUGGUGACCACACGUCCCACCGCAUUACAUUUAUUGGAAAAGGCUGAGAUCGGUGCCUGGGCUGAAAUCCUGGGAUUUUCUGGUGAGGAACGGAAGAAAUAUUUCAUCAGACAUUUUGAAGAUCAGACGGUGGCGGCAGCUGUUUUCAAGCACGUGAAGGAGAACGAGAUCCUGUACACCAUGAGCUACAACCCCUCCUACUGCUGGAUCCUCGCUCUGGCACUGGGACCCUUCUUUACACAAAGAGUCAGGGACCCACAGCGAGUUCCCAAGACCAUCACCCAACUGUACUCCUACUAUAUUUACAACAUCCUAAAAAACCACGGCCGUGAGAUUGAGAAACCCCGUGAUGUGUUUCUCCGGGUUGGUCAGAUGGCCUUCAGAGGAGUGUCCGAGAGGAAGAUUGUGUUUACAGAUGGAGAUUUGAUGAAGUACAAUCUGCAGCCUUCCCAGUUCCUGUCCGGGUUCCUGAUGGAGCUUUUGGAGAGAGAGGUUUCUGCCCGGAGUGUGGUCUACACAUUCCCACACCUCACCAUCCAAGAGUUUGUAGCUGCAGUCGCACAAUUCCUGACUAUACAUCCCGAAGAAAUCCUGAAAUUCCUCACUGAUCUCCACAACACGACAGAUGGGCAAUUUGAGGUUUUUCUCCGUUUUGUUGCUGGGCUCUCCAACCCAAUGACAGCUUGGGGCCUGGAGGAGUUUCUGGGUCCAUUCCCUCAUCAAACAACCUGCCGGGUGAUUGACUGGUUGCAGGAGGAGGUUAAACGCCAGAGUGGAAACACAUGGAGUGUAGGUUGUAAAAUGAGCCUCCUGAACACAUUGCACUACCUGUUUGAGUCUCAGAAUCGUGGACUGGCAGAGGCCGCACUAGGAUCUAUGGAAGCACUUCCACUCAGUGGAAUGAUACUGACCCCGAUUGACUGCGCGGUCCUGUCUCAUGUCAUCGGACUCUGUGAUACAAUAAAACACCUCGACCUGGAGAACUGCCACAUUCAGUGUGAAGGAAUACAGCGGCUGGGAUCUGGGCUGCACAAGUGCCAGGAGUUGAGACUUGGGGAGAAUGAACUGGGAGAUUCAGGAGUGAAACUGCUGUCUGUGGCUCUGAGGAACCCGGAGUGUAAAAUCCAGACACUGUGGCUGGACACUGUCGGUCUCACAGAUUCUGGUGCUGAGGAUCUCGCCGCUGCUCUCAGUACAAACCCAUCACUAAUGGAGCUGAACCUGAGUUAUAACGAACUGGGAGAUUCAGGAGUGAAAUUAGUAUCUGCAGCUUUGGGGAACCCGGAGUGCAAAAUACUGAAACUGCAGCUGUGGAAAGUCGGUCUCACAGAUUCUGGUGCCGAGGAUCUCGCCUCCGCUCUCAGAACAAACCCAUCACUGACGGUGCUGGACCUGAGAUACAACUGUCUGACAGACCGAUCUGUCCCUGCUCUCCGCCACCUUAUACUGACCCUCCCGAGUCUGGAGCGGAUCCUGCUGUACAGUAACCGGUUCAGUUGGACCGGGGAGAAGGAACUGAGAUCUCUGCAGGAACCCAGACCCGGACUGAGAGUGAUCGUGUGAACAUCCCCGCCCACGGGAUGGGGACAUCUUGGCCGAUUCCCUGCCCUCAACUUUAACACCCUCCCUUACCU